AGGAUCAAGCAUGAGAGGAUCGGAAUGACGAGGGCUAAAUCUUUGCUUCUCCUCACCAUCUUCCACCAGAGAUGGAGUACAGGAUUUGAGACAAAGGAGGCAUCUUGCAGCGAGGUGGAUUUUAAAUCUGGUUAUGUAGGCUUAGGAGUAGACAAAUACAGUAUUGUUGGGCUUGAAAAUUUAAAGAUAUUUGUUCCUUACAUUGUCUUUGUUAUUUUCGAUAACCCUCUCUCUCUCGCAUCUUCUUUUCCGAUUCUCUGCAUCAACGUCGCGGCUGAGUUUCCUCAUCUAUCUCCAACGAACGACGCAUCAAGGCAUCCCUGGAAAGGAACGAUCGGCGCAUCUAGGCAGUCAACAGGUCUUAGUUCUAUUUCUUUCUCUGAUUCAAUUGUUUCUGUUUCUUUAAGAUUCUUAAUGGCUGAACCUAACGAAAAUGAAGAGUAUGAUGACCCAUCGAAGAAUCCAAAGAACAAGGCCAGCUCCAAUGAUCCAGGAUGGGAAUAUGGUUUUUGGCCGAAUCGUAGUAAUAAAGAUGUGAUUCAAUGCAUCUUAUGUGAUCGGCCAAUUAGCGGGGCAAUCAAGCGAUUCAAACAACAUCUCGGCGGAGGAUACGGAGAUGUUGUUAUAUGCCAAAAGACUACCACUUCAAUCAGGAGACAGAUGGAUGCCUACUUGAAUUCGAAUAAGAGAAAUAAGACCAUUGUGUUGGACAAAGAAGAUGCAAAUGGGAGUGAAGUACCAAUUUCGGACAUUUGUGGCUUGAAAGAGCUUAAGGGUACUAUUGUUAGUGCUAAGCGUGUCACCAGAUUCAUCUACCGACAUGGUAGACUCCUUGAUGCAAUGAGGGAGAAGACAAGGGGACGGGAUCUCGUGAGGCCUGCAGUGACUCGCUUUGCCACAUCAUUUCUUACAUUGCAAUCAAUGUACAGGUACAAAGAUCCUUUGAGAACUUUAUUUGUUUGUGAUGAUUGGAACAGGUGCAAAUUGGCUAAAACAGAGGGAGGCAAAAAUGUGCAAGAUAUUAUUCUUUCCACCACAUUUUGGAAUGGGGUGGAAGAUUGUUUGAGGGCAUCGCAACCACUACUAGUUGUGUUGAGGAUAGUCGAUGAUGAUGAAAGGCCUGCUAUCACUGAGGUUUCUGCGGCAAUGGUUGUGGCGAAAGAUAAGCUCCGUGAUGUUUUCAAAAAUAAGCAAGCAUUGUUGAAGAAAGUUUUGGGCAUUGUUAUAACUCGUUGGGAGGGUCAAAUGGGGCAAAAGCUAUAUGGGGCUGCAUUAUAUCUAUCACCUGACAAGUUUUUCGACCUAAAAAUAAAGGAUCCAGAUUACGCAGGGGAUCUACGUUCCAUGUUCAAUGAUGUGUUGGAGAAAAUGAUUGUUGAUGAAGGAGUACAAGAAAAGAUAAGUAAUCAAGCUGAUGACUAUUCUUCCAUGCGAGGAACAUUUGGAAAAUCAUUGACAGUCAAACAACAGAAAACAAAAACUCCACAUGCGGUUCAUUCUGGAAGUGAUCUUCCAUGGGCACAUGUUGAUGAAGCCAUUGGUGCAUCAAGUAAUAUUCUUGGUCGCAAUCUGCCCAGGGCAGCCGCCAGUAGAUCAAACACUCAAACAUCUCAAAAUGAUUUGAUAACUUUUUCCCGUAGGCGUACUUCAUCUACUUCUAUUGCAUCUACUCCAGUGUCAUUGACUGAUGAAGGCUUACAAAAUGAAGAUACUGAAGUUGAAGUGUUUCCUAAUGAUGAUGAAGAAGUGGAUGAUGAUUAUGGCAUUAGGUGCACUAUGAGUAACGAGGAGUCAACAAGGACAACCAAUGAGAUGUUGAGUGAUGAGCUCUUAUUCAUGGAUGAUUAAUGAUUAAUGAAUCAUUAGCCAUGAACUAGAGACAUGGAUAUGAAAGUUGAAACAUUUCUUUUUUGCUUUAUUCACUUUGAGACUUUAAGUUGUGUUGU